UUUUGUGUUUCGAGUCUAAUAUCUCACAUAUCAAUAAUUCAGCGCGAGAGAAGACGGACCGCGCGCUAUGUAUUCAACUGCGUGUCGACUGAACAAGGGCCUCGCUCCACUUCUGACCGUUUAUUCCUACCCCAAGUGAGGUCAGGGGAAGAGGCGCACAAUCCAUGAGAAAAGAAGUAAACUGAUAGGAACAGCAGAAAUUGUCUGAAAAGGGGGGAAAUACACAACCAACAUUCCGCUUCUGCCAUCUUCCAGAUACGAAGAAGCAUAGGGAAAAACGCAGGAACAAAUACGCCUGUCAUUGAAGUGAUAUACAUACACUAAGUUGUUUAUUGUAGGACUAUCCCAUUGCUUGGCUUCGCCAUACAGGCAUCGAAGAGAACUUAAGUGUACAAUUGUUUUGGUCCUGGGUUUUGAAAUCAAGUGCUGAUUGAAGUUGCCGUGAUGCUGCCGUUUCUGCUGGGUACGUUGUGGCUGGCGUCGCUGGCCAGCGCACAGAACGAAACGGAACCCAUCGUACUCGAGGGGAAAUGUCUAGUGGUCUGCGACUCUAAUCCCACGUCCGAUCCAACCGGGACUGCACUUGGAAUAUCGGUGCGUUCCGGGAGCGCAAAAGUGGCUUUUUCUGCAGUCAGAAACACCAACCACGAGCCCUCGGAGAUGAGCAACCGGACGAUGGUCAUCUACUUUGAUCAGGUGCUUGUGAACGUUGGUAAGAAUUUCGAUGAAGAGAAGAGCUAUUUCAUCGCCCCGCGGAAAGGGAUAUAUAGUUUUAAUUUCCACGUAGUGAAAGUCUAUAACCGCCAGACGAUCCAGGUAAGCCUAAUGCUGAACGGCUGGCCGGUGAUCUCAGCGUUUGCGGGCGACCAGGACGUGACGCGCGAGGCUGCCAGCAACGGUGUCCUGAUGCAGAUGGAGAAGGGCGACCGCGCCUACCUGAAGCUGGAGCGUGGCAACCUGAUGGGCGGCUGGAAGUACUCCACCUUCUCAGGCUUCCUGGUUUUCCCACUGUAGAGGAGGAACGAGCCGGAACAACGGAGAGACGGAGGGAGAGAGGGAUGGAGGGAGGCAUGGAGAGAAGGCUGGAUGGAUGGAUGAAGAGCCACCUGGAUGAAGGACUAUUGCUUCUCAGCACGCUGGCUUGAGAAAAAGUGGAGAGAGGGAGAGAGCACACGAGAGAGAGAGAGAGAAAGAGAGAGGGAGAGUGAUUGACUAUGAGAAUAAUGAAAGUAGUGUAUUUAGAGA